AAAAGCAUCUGCUAAAGGAAAUCUUCAAUUGUAUUCUUAUUUGCAAGCUGGUUACCAAAUUUGUAGUACGCAUUAUAUAGCUAUUGUUGAAAAUCAAUUACCUGUAUCUAUAUCCAUGCCUGCACAAAGUGGGUUUCUUUCAACAUUAUUGGUUAAUUUAUCACUUGGUGAUUAA